UGGUUGGAGACCUCGCAGCCCGGCCAGCCGGCUUCUCUCUCGCUGAGGAGGGGAGAGUGUGAGGAGCUGCAGAGCCCGACUCUCGCUGCCUCUUUCCCAGAGCACUGGGCCGGGGCCGAGCGGACGUGAGGGGCGCGAAUGGGCAGAGCAGAAUCUCUAGAAGGGAAGAUGAGCACCCACGACCCUUCAGAUCCGUGGAGCAGGUCGGAUGGAGAAGCUGAGCUUCUCCAGGACUUGGGGUGGUACCACAGCAACCUCACGCGGCACGCGGCCGAGGCCCUUCUCCUCUCCAAUGGGUGUGACGGGAGCUACCUGCUGCGGGACAGCAAUGAAAGGACCGGGCUGUACUCUCUCUCUGUGAGAGCCAAAGACUCUGUCAAACACUUUCAUGUUGAAUACACCGGAUAUUCAUUUAAAUUUGGCUUUAAUGAAUUCUCAUCUUUGAAGGAUUUUGUCAAGCAUUUUGCAAAUCAGCCUUUGAUUGGAAGUGAGACAGGCACUCUGAUCGUCCUGAAGCAUCCGUAUCCAAGAAAAGUGGAAGAACCUUCCAUUUAUGAGUCUGUCCGGGUUCACACAGCCAUGCAGACAGGAAGAACAGAAAACGACCUGGUGCCCACUGCACCUUCGGGCUUUUUAUUUUUACCUUCACUGAAUGAAGGGAACAGACAGAAGACACUUGCACAUCUUUGCAAUGUGUGCGCGACUGCUCAGUUUCAGGACGCCUGGAACCUUCCUUGUUCUCCUCAGAGUCCAUUUAUUUUUGUUCUGUGGGCUGCGACCCGGCAAAAUGUCCUUUCCACACUCUCUUCCCUUCAUUAUGCCCAGGGCUCCUCUGUUCUUUUUCUCCGCAUACUCCGGUGUGAGACAUCUGGAAGUGUGCAGAUGAUAAAGAGGGCAACGCCCAAGUGACAUUUCAAGAACUAGUUCUAGAUCUGCAAAUUAUAUUAAAAUAUGCAUGACCUUUUGUCUCUGCGGUACUUCUACCCUGCCACUAGAGACAUCUCUCCUAAAAGGCAGAUUUCCCACGUGACCUCGCCGCUUAACAUCCUUCAGCCGCCGCCCUGGACCCUGCGUCUCUCCCGCCUUACCUCACUCUCCUCCCACACACGCUGGGGAACUGAGUCUCUCGCCAGCUGUGCUUGUCCCCGCAUCUGAAAUGCAGCCAACACCACUACUGUGCCCUUAUCCUUCCAGACUUGAGGCAGGGAUCAGUAUCUUCCGGGAAGCCUUCCUGGACCCCUCCAACUCCCCCUAAAAUGCCCCUCCACUGGGCUCCGAGCAUCCUCUGCUCACCUGUAUCCUGGAAUCAUCACGCUGGAGGCUGGCUCCCCGAGCGUGUCUACCCUCCCCCCGGCGCCUGACUCUUCUCCAGACGGGAAUCAUAGCCACGUUCCUAGCUUUAUAGUGCAGCCAGGUUCAGGGCACAUAUUACAUUGUUACUACGCUGCGUCUACUCAAAAAUUAAAACCCUGGAAAUUGGUUGAGAAAGAUAUUUUAGCUUUGUUAGAGUUAGAAGAGGAAGCAUUAGAUCUCAGAACUGGAGAAAUUUAAGAAAGUAAGACAAUAGUUCCAAGUCAGAACAGACCAAAGAACAAAUCCUCUACCUUCUAACCAAUCCUUUGUUUCCCAGGAGACCAUAUUCUUUCUGCCUAACCUACCUCUUUACCAUCCUUUCCCUGCCGCCAAUCACUCCAACAUCUUUCUCAUUUGUACUCUCAGUUUAAUUUUACAUUCUUCUGUUACCUUCCUAUAAAGAUCUCCACUCAAGGUUAACUGAACUAUACCCUACUACUUGUGACCUUUAUGAACAGUAAAAUGCAGAUAAAACCUAAUUUGUGGAGUUGGUGUGAGCAUGACACAUAGCAUACUUAGGUAGAAAGAGACCUCUGGAGACCAAAUUCUGCCAGCCUUAUUGCUUUCCUUCUUUGCUCACUCCAAGUAUCAGAUAAAUUCAUCCACCCAAGUAUCCAAAUAUGACCACACACAGAAGGUUCUGUAUAAUGGAGUUUUUAAAACAGUGGUGAGUGAAUGGUUGAAAACGUCUACAUUCACACUGUCUAAUGAGAGGUCCAUGACAUUUAUUGUUCACUGACAUAGACAGAAAACUAAAGGUUUCUUAGUGGAUUCUCAAGGGUCUCACACUAUCUCCCACUAAGGAAUGACUGAUAACUGGACCAGCCAGCUGGGGAAGCAGUUCUGAUCCACUCAGAUGCUCUAGUCCCUUACUGAGCACAAGCAUUCACAGCCCUAACUGGUUACUCCCAAUGCCUAUAUGAUGCUGAGCCUCCACCGUAACUUGAGAGCUCUGGGGCUUCUAGACACCUGCUUCCUCUUUGGGGAAUGCAGUUCUUGCACAAGCUCUGGCAGUAGAGGAAGAGAAGUAAGUCCUAUUUACAGGAAAAAGAACCUCUUGCUUGAAGUAAAAAUGAAAAUCGGUGUCCUACUGCCCCAGAUGUAGAUGCUUCUGUAAAACUGUCUGCCAUCUGUUGGCAACUGCAUUUGGGGAAAUUACUAUUUAUGCAUUUUAUAAACAACAUAGGAUUGGGCUCCUGAGAUAGGAUAAAAUUUAGCUAAUCCAUUUAUUUAACAAAAAGAAUUUUAUUUAAAGUGCCUACAAUGCCCCCAGGACUGUUUUAAGCAUUAAGGGUUUGGGAGGAAACUAGUCAAAGGCUCCGCCCUCAAUGGGCUCACGCUGUAGCCGAAGGAUCACAGACAGUAAUUGAUGGAAUCAGGCAAACACAGAUAGGAAUAGGUCAUAAAAAGAAAAAGCUGGAGAAGGGAAGGCCUCUCAGAGGAGGUGACAUUAGACCAGAGGCUUCACUGAAGGGAAGGAACGACUCCUGUCAGGAUGUGGAAAAGUGUUGCAGGCAGAGAGAACAGGACAAAAGCUCCAAAGUGGGAACUAAAUUGAGGCAGUUUAAGGACUAGGAAGAAGAUUGUCUGGCAGGGAGUGAGCAAGAAGGAACGUGGUGGGAGGUGAGAGUAUUGAGGUAAUGAGGGGUCAGAUCCUGUAGCCAGUGGAGUUCUCAAAGGGCAGGGGUGCCCAGCUGAGCGUUCGGAAAUUUCUGGGUGUCACAGUUAUCACAAUGCUUUGGGGACACUGCUGGCAUUAGUGGGCAUCCAGGACUGUGAAGAGUCUGAGACUUAACCCUCCUUUGCCAGCUAACCAGUCAGCCUGCCGCGCUCUCCUGGGUGCCGAGAGACGUGCGUGGCUUCUGCUUCUCUGCCUUUUUCUCUGGAGGGAGCACUAUUUCUGUCUUUUAAGGCUGUUGGCUAGACAAACACACUUUGGUGUGGACCCAAGGGGUGUUGGUGCCUUGCUCAUAAUACGUGGAGAAACACGAGAGACCCCAAUGGGCAGGGAUCACGGAGGCUCAACAUGGAAUGAGAGUCAUCCAAAUCACCAAUUGUACUUUCCUUACACAACAUGAAAGGUCUUGUAGGAAAAGACAGAGGAUCUAUUUUUGUUCCCCAUGUUGAUAAAAAAGCAUAAGAGUUUUGAGUAACAUCAUUUGUUUCUAAAUUUUUAAAAAGAUCAUUUUUGCUACUCAGUUGAAAAUGGAGUGAGAGCAAAAUUGAAGGCAAGGAGACAAGUCAGGAGGCUGUGCCAGCCGUCCAGGUGGGAGACCGGGGUAGCUGACACUGGAGAGAGGGGAUGAGAAUGGGGAGUUAGAACAGGGGGAAGGCAGAACUGUUAACCUCAGGAUGUGCCUGUGUGUGUUUUAUUGAAAUAUAGUCAAUUUACAACGUUGUGUUAUUUUCUGGUGUAUAGCAUAAUGACUCAGUUGUAUGUAUAUAUAUUCCCUUUCAUAUUCUUUUCCAUUAUGGUUUAUUGCAGGAUGGAUUAGUGCUAUACAGUAGGACCUUGUUGUUUAUCUGUUUUAUAUAGUAGUUUGUACCUGCUAAUCCCAAACUCCCAAUUUAUCUUUCCCUAUAUACAUUUUGUUAAUUGCACAAAAUCAUGGUUUGUUUUUGCCAUUUAAACAUUAUCACACAAUCCUAUUCUAAAAAACAAUGUUCAUUAAAAACAAAAAUAAAAACUCACAACCUUAAUUACCCAGAUUAGUUGUUUAAAGGUGGGAAAAAAGGGAAGGUAGCCGAGGAGGGGCUUUCUUAUAAGCUUUUCAACAAGUGUCAUAUUUUCUCCUUAAUGGGAAGGAUUUCAAAACAAAGGUGAGACAGCUUACAUAGAAAGAUGCAUAAAUAGGAGCUUUAUAGAAUUGUCAUUGAUACCAUGACAACACUAAGUAGCUUCAUUAUAGCGCCAUCUCUCACUCUGCACUGUUAAUAGAGCUAUAGUACUCUUGUUUAUUUAAUUAUGUAUUGUGAGCAUCGUCCACGUCAUUACAUAGGCUUCUAAAACAUCAUUAAAACAAGUUCUUUAAUAUUUCAUUAUUUGGAUAUAUCAUAAUUUAUGUAGUUAAUUCUCCAUUAUGUUUUUACAUGCUAUUUUUUAAAUUUUCAAUAAUUUCAAAAGUACAGAAAACUUGAAAGAGUAGUACAAAGAACUGUCUUUGUUCCUGAACCAUUAGACAGUAAACUGCCUGCAUCAUGCCAA